CCCACCAUUUUGCUUUCUUUAUAAAUAAUGUGUUUUCUGGUUUUUGUGGUUCUUAUCUCUGUUUUGCAACUUUGCAAUUGCAGUUAAAAAAAAAAAGGUUCUGUUUCUUCUCUCUCCCUCUGUCUCAGCUUGUGCCAUCUUCCCCUGCAGCUCAAACGAAUUGCAUCUCAGUGGAUCAAUCUGUCCCCAGGUAUGAAGCGAAAUCAACAAAACCCAAGUAGUUGAUCUUAUUUGCAAUUGAGGAAUAUAUAAUCUAUUUGAAAAUAAUUCAUUUAUAAAUCAAUUCUCAUUGCUAUAUAUGUAUUCCAUAGUUAUCAAAUCGAUUUACUAUCAAUUCUUCCAAUUCAGCCACAAUUUGUGAUUCAAUCGCUAGGAUGGAAAAAUUGAAUCAAAUCGUAAGAUUCUAACAACAGUGAUGUGUUCAACUAUACGGCUGCAACCACUGUCUUUAGAAUUUAUUUGCAAGAUGUAACCAAUUUCAUAUAUGUAUAAAACUAUAAGAUUACUCCUUGAACUUUUAAUAUUCAAUCAUGUUAAAUGCAAUUCUAAAAGAUUUUGCUGUGUUUGGAUGUGAUGAUUUCAAAUAAAAAGGAUUUAGAUUUCAUCUUUUGGAUUUAGAUUUUAUUUUUUUAGUAUAAGUUGUUGUAAUUAAUGAAUAUUUUAUUUUUGCUUUUAUUUGACUUUUCUGCUUUCAAUUUUCUCUUCUAUGAGCUAUUUUGUUUGUAUAUACCGACUUUAAUAGGGCUGAAAUGUCUGUCUGUGAAGCUAAUAUGGUUCGAAGAAAGCGUCAAUUACAAAAUAAUGUGGAAGAACAUGGGGAAGAUUGGGAGGAAUCUGUAAGUUCCAAUUCUAAGCAUGGUAAAGUUACAAGUAGUCUAGCUAAUACUGAAGAUGAUGAACGUAAUUCGACUCCUUGCUCAUAUUUGCCAAAGGGCCGGCAACAAUAUGAAGUAGGUGCAAUGGCUGAAAGUGUAGCAAAUAAAAACCUUGCAAUAUUCAUUCUCUCUAACAAUAUUGCAUUUGAUAUUGUUGAAGCACCAUUUUUUGGUGAUUUUGUGAGGGGUGUAGCUGAAUGUGGCAUUAGGUAUAAGCUGCCAAGUUCUAUGACGCUCCAGAGAAAAGCUUUUCCUGAAGUUGAAAUGGAAGUUGAGAAAUAUGUUGAGAAAGUUAGGCAAUCAUGGAUUAAGAUAGGUUGCACAAUAAUGCUUGGCAUGCGGAAGAACUUCAUUAGUAUCAUUGCAUAUUCUGCAGAAGGAGCUGAGUUUUUGAAAUUACAGAAAAUUCCAAAAUGCCAGAAAUCAAGUUUUGAUGUGAAAGACAUUGUUUCUUCAACAAUUGAGGAUAUUGGGGAAGAUAAUGUUGUGCAAGUUAUUACAAACAAUGAUACAAUUUAUAACUCAAUUGAGAAUAUGUCCCUCAAUAAGUACUCCCAAAUCUUCAAGACUCGGUGUGUUGCACAUGAGAUUCAUUCUCUCCUAAAGGCCAUAGGCAAUGAAGUUGGAUGGAUACAAGAAACAAUUGAUAAUGCAUCAUUGAUAGUAAAAUGUAUGGAUGAAGAUGUCAACAUUUUAUCAAAAGUGAAAUAUCCUUGCAAGUUUAAAUUCGCCUCCAACUAUCAAAUGCUGCAAUCAAUUUUGAGUAAUAAGAAUGAAUUGCAACAACUUGUUUCAUUUGGGAAGGGUAACCUGCCGGAAGAUAACAAGAGAACAGCCAAGAUUACCAACAUUAUUAAAAGUGGAAACUUUUGGAGCCAAGUGCCAGAGGUAUUAAAUGCUUUGGAGCCAUUAAUCGAUGUACUUCGUUUGGUAGAAGAUGAUAGACCUACCAUAGGAUACUUGUAUGAAGCAAUGGAAAAGGCAAAAGAAACAUUAGAGAGACAAUGUAGUAAUGACAGCACAAAGUAUGAGAAGAUAUUGGCUUUAUUUCAAGAAUGGAGAAGUAACAAGAUUAUCCAUCCAAUACAUGCUGCUGCUGCUUUUUUGAACCCUGCUUACAUGUGUGGUGGUAGCUUUACAUUUAAUCUUGAAAUGAGGAAAGGCAUAGAAUUUGUGUUUUCAACCAUGGUAAGGAGUGAAGAAAAGGAAAAAUUCAUUGAAGAGGUGCUACUUUAUAAAUCAAAGAUAUCAAAGAUGUUCAAUGCAUUGGCAUACCAGUUGAUGAAAUUAUCUCAUCCUAGUGCAUGGUGGGAUGCUGCUGGGGUCUAUCAUCCUGUAUUAAAGAAGUAUGCAAUACGAAUUUUGAGCCAACCUUGUAAGUGCUCAUGUGACUUAAAGCCUAGUGCAUUUGAAGUUGCAGAAAGAAGUGUGAUGAAUGGGGCAGUGACUAUAUCGCACCACAAUUCUGUAUACACAACAAUGAAUGCAAAGAUUAUGGAAAAAUUUCUAUCUUUGGAAGAACAAUGUAUGACGCCAAUUGAUCUAGAAAAUUGCAAUGAACUCCCUGAUUAUGUUGAUCCUCAACAAAGUUGGUGGGAUGACCAAAUGGAGUUGAUUAAUGAAAAUUCUGAUGAUCAUGAUGCAAAAAUGAAACGGACAGUUUUCAUUUAGAUGGCAAGCCGAAGGAUUACAGGGGAAGAUCAAGACCAUGCCUUGUCAAUGCCAGGAGGAGGUGGAGAAAGACCAUUAUCGUGAUAUGCACCUCCAUUUAUUUAGGACUACAUAGGAAGAUAUGAAGCAAUCCAGGCCUUGUCGAGCCCUUCAUUGACACAGAUUCCAUGAUUCAAGCUUCACAAGUCUGUUCUGUCAUUAACAAGGCUCAGAGGAGAUGGACAAAAAUCCUUAGUGUGGUGAAAUGGUUCUUUAUCUAUUUAGAAACCAGAAAGAGGUGACGUGGUGUGGAUAUUAUGGAUGUUUAUCCUGUGUGAAAUGAAAGAUUUCAAGAAGCGUUUGUAUAGAA